AUGUUGAAUCCCCAACUUUUUCCUCUCGAAGUGGACCCUCAGACGGGAGAGCCAUUCCUUCGUUUACGGCAUCAUAAAUCCAUCAUCCUCACUCCUGCGCGUUGGGAUGACGCAAAACAACUUUUGGAAUACAUGAACGAUCCUCGUUUGUGUGUGUGGUUGAACAGCCCACCAUUCCCAUAUCUCCCGGAACACGCGGAAAGUUGGUUGGGGAGGAUGAUCGGCCCUUCUAGAGAUAUCCUUCAAGAACUGGAAGAAGCAAAGGAAGUUGCGGAAUUGAAAACUGUUGAGGAUUGUCCUGUCCACAUCAUCCGAGAAGUAAUGGAUGAUGGGACACAAAAGCUCAUAGGAAACGCCCAUAUGUUCCGAUACAAAAAUGGCGAGCUGGUGUUGUCGGAUGGCAGCUGGACGGUGGACUGGGCUGGGAAGGCCAAACGGGAGGAAGAAAACGGAAGUCGCAAAGCUGGCGACCCAGAAAUCAUAUGGAGUUUUGGGGACUGGCUCGCGCCAAGCCACCACAAUCAAGGAAUUAUGACCGACGCGGUGGAAACCCUGCUGCAUGACUGGGGCGUACCAAGGAUGGGAGUGCGGCAUAUGAUUGCGGCGGCAUUCGAAGGCAACAUGGCAAGCGUGAAGACCUUCACAAAGAAUGGCUUUGACAUGGUAUACACAUCAAAAAACCACUUUGAGGUGAAAGGAAAGAUGCAGGGGUUGCACGUUCUGGAGUGGAAAGCUGCGGAAAACUUGGAUUUGAUUUCGUUUAAUUUCAGACCAUAGUCGGGUUUCACAAAUUUCUCCUUUGCAUUUGGGUUGUGGACCAUUGUAUACGGCAAAUUUUCUGAGACUAGCCUCGAUAGCCAACAACGCUGAAGCGAGA